AUUAACGUUCAGUAAAGCAACAUUACUAUAAAUGCGGCUUUCUUAAACACCGGUUUACUCCAAACAUAUUCUCCGUUGAUCAAGUUUAGAGAAAAGCGUAAAUCGGUCAAAAUGAUUUUAAAUACGAGCAUAUGUAUAUUACUAUCGGUAAUUCUAAGUGCAUCGGCAUUACCCAGCAAUGAUUUAAAAAAUCUAAUAAAUGUUAACUUGGUGCAUCCAGAACAAAGCUUUGAAUUAAUUCGCGAAACAGUACGAAAACAACUCAGAGGCGAAGACGAUGUUUGCCAAAUCUUUAACGAGUUUCUACAAAAUCCUCUAGAAAUUGAAAAGUUUGAAAAUCAUACAGACUGGCUCUUGUCAAUGUUUGAUGCAUGGGGUAAAAUUCCAAGUGGACUUUUAGAAGGAAACUUUAACCAUCUAGGACAAUUUGAUGAAUGUUUAUCGGUCGAAGGAGAAUUCCAAGAAGUGUCGGGGAAAUACUGCGAACGAGGAUUAAUACUAUUCGGGAAAUUAUCAAUUGCAGUGUGCAUUCCGAGUGUUUGCACAUUGGCGCCUUUAGAAGAAUCAUCGGAACUUAUUCAAGUAAAUCCCAGUUUUUGUCAAACCAACGAUACUUAUUCAGAGUUUACCAGUGCAGAUGUAUAUGUCACGGCAAUUUUUGGGGUAGUUUUGGUAUUGAUGAUCCUAAGCACGUGUUACGACUGUUUUUUAUAUUACACCCAAAGAAAAACACAAUCGCAAUUAUAUAUUGCCUUCUCUGUUUUAACCAACGCCAAAAAAUUAUUUGCAACUAAUUCCAAAUCGUCUGGGCAAGUUGCUUGUCUAAAUGGAAUUCGAACCAUAAGUUUGAUGUGGAUUAUCUCAGGACAUUCAUUUGGUAUUCAAAUGAUGUUCCCUACGGUUAACAUCAAAUCGGCCUUGGAAUUUGCGGGUGAUAGAAAAUCAACUUAUGUGCAAGCAGGACGAUUUGCAGUCGACACGUUCUUCUUCCUCUCAGCAUUUUUACUUUCAUAUAACUAUAUGAAAAAUGUUCAUCGUGCACAAGCUCAGGCUGAGAAUAACUCUAAAAAAGCAGAAAAUCCUUUAACGCUGAGUAAAGUACCAAUGUUUUACGUACAUCGCAUACUUAGAAUUUUGCCUCCGCUAGCUGCUUUCUACGGUAUUGGAAAUUCACUUAUUAAUCACAUGGUUCAAGGGCCUAUUAUUCCAUACACGUAUGCAGUAAGACCCAAUUCGUGUUUUGAGAAUUGGUGGAGUUUCUUCUUGUUUAUUCAGAACUACGUGCAUUACGAGAAUAUGUGUUUGUUGACGACUUGGUAUCUGUCUGCGGAUAUGCAAAUGUUUUUAGCGUCGCCAUUGAUUAUAAUUCCAAUUGGGGAACUUAUUCUAAAGGGAAAGAAAAGAUUGGCUUAUAUUUUUGCAUGUGCUGUGGUACUGGCAUGUAUCGUCAUUCCUCCGAUUCCAGAUUUAGUAAAUAGGGAUGAUCCAACAUAUGUUCCAAAUGAAUACGCUACACAUCCACGUCUAUCUGUCUACACCAUGGGUAUUUUAUUCGGUAUGAUUGUAAUUGAUUGUAUGAAUAAGAAAAUUCAAAUCCAGCAUGGUGUAAACAUGGUCCUGUGGGCUAUUUCCCUUGGUAUUAUGUUAACGAUAGUGUUAACAUACAUGGACGCAACCGUUUUCGACGCGACAAUUCUCAAAAAUACACUGUUUUUCAUGUUUGCGCGACCCGCUUGGUCCCUUGCACUAAGUUGGAUCAUUUUUUCUUGCCAUUUCGGUUAUGGUGGACCUAUCAACUGGUUGCUUUCCAAAUCCAUUCAUCAAGUGAUGACCCGGCUUUCUUUCAGCAUGUAUCUACUUCACAUGUUAAUUGAGGGUGUUUAUUUGUCGUAUGCUAGGACAGGGAUGCACUUUUCUGAAUAUGAAAUAAUUUAUCGUUGGUGUGGUGACUACAUCUUUACGAUUGUCUUUUCUAUAAUUUGGGUCUUGGCAUUUGAGUCCCCCGUGAUGAUCAUAGAAAAAAUUAUUUUCGGCGGUGGUAAGAAAACGGAAUCAAGUGAAAAGCCACAACAACCAUUGGAAAACAAGACUGAAGCUCAGCAAUCCUUGCAAACGAAGUUAUUCAAAACGUGUAAACCAUAUAAAAUGACGUUGACGCUAAAAGUUGCUUUGGCGCUGGCCAUAAUAUUAAGUGCAUCCGCGACUCGUGUUAAAGACUUAGAAAACCUAUCCAAAGUUAAUGUCGGGAAUGCUGAGAAAACUGCGGAGUUAUUUCCUGCAACUGUUCGAAAACAAUUAAGAGGCGACGCUGAUGCCUGUCAAAUAUUUCGGGCUUUCUUGGAAAACCCUUUUGAUCAAGAAAUAUUCGAAAAUCACUCUGAUUGGCUGAUUCCAAUGAUGGAUUCCUGGGGUAAAAUCCCAAGUGGCAUUAUGGAAGGCAAUGUCAACCAUUUGGGCCAAUUCGACGAAUGUUUAGCCAUUGAAGGAAAAUCCGUAGAAGUCUCAGGAAAAUAUUGCGAAAAGGGAUUAAAAGUAUUCGACAAAUUGACUCUAGCUCUAUGCAUUCCUAGCGAAUGUGAACUGGAACCUUUAGAAGGAUCAUCGGAACUUAUUCAAAUCAAUCCCAAUUAUUGCCAAACUAGUGAUACUUUCUCUGAAGUUACCACUGCUGAUAUAGUUGUGGGGACCAUUUUUAGUAUCGUUCUGGCAUUGAUGAUAUUAAGUACCUGUUAUGACUGCUAUUUAUAUUAUACCCAAACAAAAACCAAAUCACAACUGUACAUUGCUUUUUCCCUUCUAACCAACACCAAAAAAUUAUUCGCAACUAAUUCGAAAGCGUCCGGUCAAGUAGCCUGCCUCAAUGGUAUUCGCACAAUUAGUUUAAUGUGGGUUAUCUCGGGACAUUCCUUUUCCAUUCAAAUGCUGUAUCCCACAAUGAAUUUGUUGGCGGCUUAUCAAUUUGUAACCGAUAAAAAAUCGAGUUAUGUUCAGGCUGGAAAUUAUGCAGUCGACACGUUCUUCUUCCUCUCAGCAUUUUUACUUUCUUAUAACUAUAUGAAAAAUGUUCAACGCGCGCAAGCCACAGCUGAAAAGCACUCGCAACGGCCUGAAAAUCCAAUUUUGCCACCACUUGCUGCUUUCUACGCCAUUGGAAAUGCAUUGUUAAUUCAUGUGACAACAGGUCCCAUUGUGCCUUAUACGCGCGUCAUAAGACCCAAUCCCUGUUUUGAGCAUUGGUGGAGUGUCUUUCUGUUUAUUCAGAACUACGUUCAUUACGAAAACAUGUGCUUACCAAUCACGUGGUAUUUGUCUGCGAACAUGCAGAUGUUCCUAGCGUCGCCAUUGGUAAUAAUUCCAAUCGGUGAACUUAUUUUACGAGGAAAGAAACGCGUUGCUUAUAUUUUCACUGGCACUGUCGUUCUAGGAUGUAUAGUCAUUCCGAUGAUACCUGAUAUACUUCGGGAUGAUGAUCCGACAAUUACUCUAAAUGAAUAUGCAACACAUCCACGCUUAUCUGUUUACACCUUGGGUAUUCUAUUCGGUAUGAUUGUUGUCGAUUGCUUGAAUAGAAAAAUCCGAAUCAACCAUGCGUUAAACUUUGUAUUAUGGGCAAUUUCACUUGGAACACUCUUAACUAUUGUGUUGACGUACAUGGAUGCACUCGUUCUCGACACUACUAUUGUUAAGAGAACCUUGUUUCACACGUUUACCCGGCCCGCGUGGUCGCUUGCGCUCUGCUGGAUUAUCUUUGCUUGCCAUUUCGGUUAUGGCGGGCCAAUAAACUGGUUACUAUCGAAAUCAAUUCAUCAGAUCAUGACCCGGUGUCAUUCAGCAUGUAUCUACUGCAUAUACAUACAAGGAAUCUAUUUGUCAUACAGCCGGACAUCAAUGCACUUUUCUGAAUAUGAAAUUAUUUAUCGUGCGUGCGGUGACUACAUCUUUACAAUUGUCUUCGCUAUAAUUUGGGUUUUGGCAUUUGAAUCACCCAUUGUUAUCAUAGAGAAAAUUAUAUUCGGCCGUGGAAAAAAGAAUGAAGCAAACGACAAACCCACGCCAGAGCCAGAGAUCAAAACGGACGCUCAGCAAGCAUAGAUUUAUUUAUCAACAUUUCUUGAAGGAUAAAAAUCCUUCAACUCUCCAUAUACUACUCAAUUUAAC